AAAUGACAUCAGAUGUACCAUCACUGGGUCCAGCCAUUGCCUCAGGAAACCCUGGGGCUGGGAUUCAAGGUGGAGGAGCCAUUGUCCACAGGGCUAUUAAGUGGUGACCAGGUGGAUUUUGAUGAUGAUGAUGGAGAAGGUAAAUUUUUGAGGUGUGAUGAUGAUCAGAUGUCUAAUGAUAAGGAGUGACUUGCCAGGUUGGAUGAUGAGCAGAGCUUUGCAGAUAAAGAAAGACUCACCAGGGAAAAUUACAGUGAAAUUGAACAGGGGCAACGGAACAAGAUGACAGCCUACAUCACAGAACUGUCAGACAUGGUGCCCACCUGUAGUGCCCUGGCUCAAAAACCAGACAACCUAACCAUCUUACCCAUGGCAGUCUCUCACAUAAAUUCCUUGUCAGGAACUGGGAAUACAUCCACUGAUGGCACCUACAAGCCUUCGUUCCUCACUGAUCAGGAACUCAAACCUUUGAUCUUGGAGGCAGCGGAUGGCUUUCUGUUUAUUGUCUCAUGUGAGAUAGGUUGGGUAGUUUACAUCUCUGACUCAGUGACCCCUGUUUUGAACCAGUCUGAAUGGUUUGGUAGCACACUCUAUGAUCAGGUGCAUCCAGAUGAUGUGGACAAACUUCAUGAUCAGCUUUCCACUUCAGAAAAUGACCUGACAGGGUGUAUCCUUCCAGACCUGAAGACUGGAACAGUGAAAAAGGAAGGCCAACAGUCUUCCAUGAAGAUGUGUAUGGGCUCAAGGAGAUCAUUUAUUUGCCAUAGGAGGUGUGGCAAUAGCUCUGUGGACCCAGUCUCCAUGAAUAGACUGAGCUUUGUGAGGAACAGAUGCAGGAAUGGACUUGGCUCUGUGAAGGAUGGGGAACCUCAUUUUGUGGUGGUCCACUGCACAGCCUAUAUCAAGGCCUGGUCCCCAGCAGGUGUCUCCCUCCCAGAUGAUGAUCCAGAGUCUGGCCAGGGGAGCAAAUUUUGCCUAGUGGCCAUUGGCAGACUACAGGUAACCAGUUCUCCCAAUUGUACAGACAUGAGUAACAUUUGUCAACCAACAGAGUUCAUCUCGCGGCACAACAUUGAGGGGAUAUUCACUUUUGUGGGACACCGCUGUGUGGCUCCUGUUGGUUACCAACCACAGGAACUCUUAGGAAAGAAUAUUGUAGAAUUAUGUCAUCCUGAAUACCAACAGCUUCUAAGAGACAGCUUGUAACAGGUGGUGAAGUUAAAAGGCCAAGUGCUAUCUGUCAUGUUCCGGUUCUGGUCUAAGAACCGGGAAUGGCUCUGGAUGAGAACCAGCUCCUUUACUUUCCAGAACCCUUACUCAGAUGAAAUUGAGUACAUCAUCUGUACCAACACCAAUGUGAAGAACUCCAGCCAUCAACCAAGGCCUACACUGUCCAACACAAUCCAGAGACCACAGCUAGGUCCCAUGGCUAAUUUACCCUUAGAGAUGGGCUCAGGGCAGUUGGCAUCCAGGAAGCAUCAACACCAAACAGAAUUGGAUGUGGUAUCAGGAAGGGAUGGACUGGCUGGCUACAAUCAUUCCCAGGUUUCUGUUCAGCCUGUAAUAACCACAGGGCCAGAACACAGUAAGCCCCUUGGAAAGUCAGAUGGUCUGUUUGCCAAGGAUAGAGAUCCAAGAUUUUCAGAAAUCUACUCCAACAUCAAUGCAGAUCAGAGUAAAGGCAUCUCCUCCAGCACUGUCCCUUCCAUCCAACAGCUAUUCUCACAGGACAAUACAUUCCCUCCUACACCCCCUCCCCAGCUGGCAGAGAAUUUCAGAAAUAGUGGUCUGGCCUCUCCUGUAACCAUCGUCCAGCCAUCAGCUUCUGCAGGGCAGAUGUUGGCCCAGAUUUCCCACCACUCCAACUCACCCCAAGGAGCCCCAACUUGGACCCCUAGCACCCGCCCAGAUUUCUCUGCCCAGCAGGUGGCUACUCAGGCUACAGCCAAGACUCGUUCUUCCCAGUUUGGUAUGGGAAGCUUUCAGAUUCCGUCCUCCUUCAGCCCCAUGUCCCUCCGUGGUGCUUCAACUGCGUCACCUGGUGCUGCUGCCUCCCCUAGUCCCACCAAUCACGGAUCCAACUUUUCUCCUGAGACUGGACAGACUACAGGACAAUUCCAGACACAGACAGCAGAGGGUGUAGUCUGGCCACAGGGUCAGGGCCAGCAUUCUCAUCAUCGCUCAAGUUCUAGAGAGCAACAGCUAUCAGCAUGGCAACCUGACCCACCUGAGGUCUUCCAGGAGAUGCUGUCCAUGCUGGGAGACCAGAGCAACAGCUACAACAACGAAGAAUUUCCUGACCUAACUAUGUUUCCCUCCUUUUCAGAAUAGAAUUAUCAGGGUGAUGAAAAGGGGUGGGGGAGGAAAGUCACCGUUUGUUUUUAAAAAGCAAAUGUUUCUGUAAAGAAAAUAAAAUUCCCUCUCCCAUCUUUUCCCUCACCCCUAAUGUGUACCCCUUCCCCUUCUGGCCUUUCCUUGCCCUCCUGCCUCUGAGAAGAAAUGGGGUGAAUCCUGAAGGCUUUGGGGAUCUUUGAAAAACUGAGUCUGGGUGAAGCUAAGAAUGCCUUUCCUUAUACCUCCUGACCAGAGAUUUAUGCAGAAAUGAUUUUUGCUAGGGUCAAUAGGCAGGUUAGAGAACCUGACAUCCAUUCAUCUACUAUUUGCCUUGGAUACUGUGGCUUGUUUUGGGAAAGAAAUUGUGAAUAAGGUUGGGGAGAGGAGAAAUGUCCUCCUAUUUGAAGAUCAUGAAACAUGGUAGGUUACAUAUACCUGUAUGGCUUUAGGAAGUGAGCAUAGGCUCUUUCUGCUGCCUAGUGAGUGAGGAAGUGAGAGAGGGAGAAGGAAAAAGUGUGUGUGUGUGUGUGUGUGUGUGUGUGUGUGUACGUGCAUGCA